GUCCAGUCAAGCUCGCCACCCUGGUCGUUCGCCAUUUACCCCGCUGGUGCUACUAGCUAGCAUGUCGUUCAUCUCAGUGGCCGAGGACUCUGACUUCCCCAUCCACAACCUGCCCUUCGGCGUCUUCUCCACCCCAAGCAACGCAAAGCCAAGGAUCGGUGUGGCCAUCGGUGAUCAGAUCCUGGACCUCAGUGUCAUCAAGCACCUCUUCACUGGGCCUGUCCUCUUCAAACACCAGGAUGUCUUUGAUGAGCCAACUCUCAACAGCUUCAUGGGCCUGGGUCAGGCUGCCUGGAAAGAGGCGAGAGCAGUUUUGCAGAACUUGCUGUCUGCCAAUCAAGCCAGGCUCAGAGAUGACAUGGAGCUUCGGAAGCGCGCGUUCACCUCCCAGGCUUCUGCCACGAUGCACCUGCCAGCCACCAUAGGAGACUACACAGACUUCUAUUCCUCUCGGCAGCAUGCUACCAACAUUGGAAUCAUGUUUAGGGGCAAGGAGAAUGCAUUGAUGCCCAAUUG